AUGAACGAUGCGAUGGACCUUUCUAACAUAUUGGUUUACAGGUAUGAAGCUGGCAGGGAUGUUGCGCUCAUCUCCCUUGGCGUCUCGCGCACUGCUCAAGUGUUUUCGAUCUUGGAUGCGUUUCUGGCGCGCGAACCUCGGAUGGUGAGGGAACGAGCAUCGUUGAAGAAGCUCCGCAAGCCAUACUUAGGAGCACCUGGCAUUGUGCAGCUGAGUGACGACAUCAAACACCAGGGACUCGAGGCGCUGUGUGAGUUCCUGAACCCGGGUGACUCAAUCGAGGCGCAUAUCUCCGAUCUGGGAGAGGACGUGGUCGUGUUCGUUGUUUAUAUUCUUCCACCAAUCACCCCGUACAGCUGGGCGACCGAACUUCACCUCCGGGUCCGCCAGCAACCCCAACAGGAUCCCUUUGAAGCCGACGGAUCUCGUAUUCGUCAGGAUAUCGCCUCCCUUAUCCCGUGGUAUGAGAAGACGCCCAGCAGCAUCAUCGUUCGCAAAUCUCUCUUUUUGAUGUAUGCCCUGCUUCGAGGGCUGUUCGACAGGAUCGACAACCCCAUUUUGUUCUGCAUCAGCAAAAAUUGCUUCAUACUCUUCGAGGGAAAUGGUGUUCGGCCAAUCGAACCCUCCAGCAUCUACCGAAUCCCGAGGAAUAGUCUAGUUCUGCUUGAUGCAGUCGUCGAUCCCGAGGUCGUCAUAACAUUGCCGGCCUCCAUACGCAUCAUCCUUGCCACCUCCCCUCGGCCAGACCUGUGGAAGAAGUUCGCGAAGUACAAGCGUGCGCUAUUCUAUGUCAUGAAGGUUUGGAGCGAUGUUGACUUGAGAUUUCUUGCGUCGACUUUUGGCGGCCCAGAGUACUACACUCCAUUGGAGCUCUCCUCCAUCCUUGGGCCGUGUCCCAGCUCAUGCACGCGCCUUGUACAGCGGAUUUCAGGCGACUUGCUGGCGGACUUGGGAGGGCCAGAACAUGGACUCCCCGAACUCAAGCUUGCCGACCUAGCAGCUGUCAACAGUCUCGUCGCAUUCUUGCAAAACCCAGCUGGCCUUGUCGAUCCUCCCUCUGGGUUUCACAGGUACUUCGUGCUGGAGCUCAAGGACAACGUGCAGAAUCCAGUGACGAACAUCGGCCCAGCCUGCACGCACUACGUUCCUACCCCUGUGCUCAAGCAAGCGGCUGUGGAGAAGUUCCUCGAGUUCAGGGCGCAUCGUCGAGACGACAUGAUGGAACUGUACUCGGCUGUCAACGCCGUCGCCGGCUACUUCUUCGAGCCGAUGACCAUUGUGCGGACCUUGGCGACGGGUCGGAAUGUCACCUGCCAGAUGUUGAGCACGACGAAGAAGUUCACGCUGGAAUCUCUAAAACCUCGCUACUUCGACAAUUCCACGUCGGUCAUCACGAUCAGCAAGACUCGUAACGAGCUCCAUGUUCCGUUGGAAAAAAUUCACGCAAGCUUUGACGCCUUCGCGGUAUCAGAGUCGGGCAAGCGCGUCACCCUCCUUCAGGUGACCCUCGGUAAGACGCCUUCCAUGAAGGAUUCUGGUAUCGCAAAUAUCCUCGCUCGGCUGUUCCCUGGCGUAGUGCCAGACGACGUGACGCUCUCCUUCGUUUUUGUUGUGCAAAAGCACAAGAAUGGGAUGGCACUGGCCGGGAGCCGGUCGAAAAGUGGCUUCGAUAUUUCGGAUCCGCCCAACAUCGAUGUUGGAUACGCAGUCGUCAAGGAUGAGGCUUUGGAGUGUCUCCAGCAAGACUUGCAACGUCACUAA